UGCUUUAAUUAAAAUAAAAUAAAAUUCCUCCUUUAUCUUCUUCUUCCUCUCUAUCAUCGUCGUCUUCUCUCUAUGGCUCUCUUCCCUCUUCCCCUUUUGGUUUCGUGCCCUCUUGAUCCGCAUCCUCUCUUUAGCUUUGCCUUCUCCCUUUCGUUUUUAUUUGAUUCUCCACCGUUUUUCUUUUGAGUUUUUCCCCCUAAAGAUCCAUCAAACUUUAUUAAAGAAGGAAGAACAAAGAGGACAAAAGGAGGAAGAACAAUGGUUUUCUCUCCGGUCUCGAGCUUUAUAGAUCCACCCAAUUGGCCGCAGUUGCAGACGAAUUCGAAUUAUCAAUAUCAUCAGCAGCAAGAACGCGGAAGUGUGAUUAAUGCCCAUGAAGGGCUCUCUCACCAGCUUCCCCCUCUCCCUCAAAACCCUAACCAUACCCACCACCAUGCCCCCCCCGCCUCUGCCGUCGGAGGCGGUGGUACUACGGCCGGGCUCGGUGGCGGCCCGAUGGCGGAGCGAGCCAGGCUUGCAAAGGUCCCUCAACCGGAGGGUCCCUUGAAAUGCCCUCGAUGCGACUCAGCUAACACUAAGUUCUGUUACUACAACAACUACAGCCUCUCUCAGCCCCGCCAUUUCUGCAAGGCCUGUCGACGUUACUGGACACGUGGAGGCGCCCUGAGGAACGUUCCCGUCGGCGGAGGUUGCCGGAGGAACAAGAAGGGCAAAGCUGGGAACACAAGUAAGACGUCAUCUUCGAACAAUAAUAAUCAGAACAAGCUGACAGGCGUAGAUCCGAGCCCCACGACGGCGCCGACAAAUAGUCAGUUUCCGUUUUUGCCCACUUUACAGAAUCUUAGUCAGCUUGGGAACAUCGGUUUGAACUUAGCCGCCAUUAGCGGCAACAACCAAGGUCACAUCGGUUUAAGGGACAACGGUAACGGUAACAGCAACAGUUUAAUGAAUGAACUAGGGUUUCUUCAUGUCGGAACCGGAGCCAACACUUCCGGUUUGAUGAUCAGCAACAACGAGAAUAACAUUCUGACGUCUAACCAGUUCGCUUUGUUUGAUCCAACGACAAUAGGGUUAUACGCUUUUCAGAGCGAGGGCAAUAUGGGAAACAACAUAGUCGGACUAUCUUCUUCUUCAGCUUCCAUGGCUGCUGCUAGGGUUUCUCAGAUGGCUUCGGUUAAGAUGGAGGAGACCCACCUGGCUAAUUUGUUGAGAACAGUUCCCGGUUUAACGGCUAAUAAUCAAUCCAAUCAAUAUUGGACCGGUUCGGGUAAUUUCCCGGGAUCUUCUUCCAAUGAUCACCUCUUGUGAAUCUUGUUUUCUCGGAUGAUAACCUUUCGAAAUAUGGUCGAUGGCGAUGACAAUGGUGAGAAUGAACGGUCAGGAUCUAAUGCAUGCAGAGCGAGAUCGAGGAGAAGUACUAAGAGGUAGAUUUGUAAUUCGUCUUCUGAUUGGUUAUUUAUUUUAGUAGUUUUAGUACUUGUAAGUCGAAACAUAUGAUCAAUAGUGUGGUCUCGUCGUUUGCUUGAACUUGUUCAUGUGUUGUGUCGUGUCUGUCUCUGUCCAAUUCGUCCUUCAUCCAUUUGACCGAGUCUUCUUAAACCUGUUUUAACUUUUAUAGUUAAUUUAUAUUUUCAGUUGAAAUAUGUGAAUUCUGUCUAUAAUGAAGCCUUUUUUAUAUCA